AGUUUUUGGUGGAGAGCCUGCUCUCCUAUCAUGAUGCAUGCAACGAUGCGUUUUCCGGGUGUCACAAUAGAUUUAAUCGUCUUCAACCCGACAUUAUUAAGCCGUACAGUGUCAUAGUAGAGGGGAGAAAGGGGAAAGAGAGGACCGACUCCGGAAUUGCGUUGGUACCAACCGCAAAUAGCGGCGCGGUAGGCAAGUCGGUAUAAAAUCGAACGAUCCCUCGAUCAAAAGUCACAGUACUCGGGCCUCCUCGCGGUGUAUCAUCACUGUAAUCGCUACCGUGCAUUACCGCAUUGAGAGGCAAGAUGCAUUGCACUAUUGCCACCAUCGUCGUCGCUGUCGGCUGUUUUCUCGUAUUGAGAGCAGCGGCGCAAGAGGCUGUUCAACAGAAUCAACAAUCGCUGGACCUCCAAAGUGUCGCUAUCGAAAAUCAGGUCGAUGAUGGCACGAUACAUCCCAGGGAGAAGAGAACUCUGUUUUUGAAAAAGAAACUGCUCGGUGCUGGCCUCGUUGGUUUCGGUCUUGGGGUUGCGAAAGGUUAUAAAGCCGGUUACUUCAGCGCACCGGAAGUUCAUCAUGUUUACGUUUCGCCUCCAGUGAAAUACGUGGAAUAUGUCGAAAAACCCGUUUACAUCGAGAAAAUCGUUCCCAAACCUAUAUACAAACCACAUAUCGAAUAUGAUGGACCAGUUUGGUCGCAACCAGACACUUCCUACGGUGGCUGGUAAAUCCCGGAGUACACUCGAUCGAUUUGAUCUCCUUGUUUUACCUCGAGGAACAGCCAAAAAUGUGCGUGCAUCGUGUUGAAUCUCAGUCCGGUAGUUAAGUAUAAGCGUGACGUUAUUUAGCGAUAAUAAUCAAAAGAAAGAAUUAUUUUUGUUACCAAUGUUAUAAACUAAUAAAUCAUGGUUUGUAAAUAUUCA